UGGUCAAAGCACCAAAAUGAUAGCUUAACAUGAGCUCAGCAUUUAUCAAUCAUAGACAUAAGCAUUUGCAAUAUCAUUAAUUUCUUUUAAAGCUCCAUACACUAGAUGGCACCAUUGCUGAACUUCAAUUUUAUUUCCUGUAGGAUCCCUGCAAAGAAACAAAAAGGUCAUGAGGAAAGAGCCAGAAAGACAGCCUAUGCGGUACUGCUCGUGGGUCUUUGGGAAUUGUUGAUACCAAGGUUUCCAGGCUUGUUAACGACAAACCUUUUCACGUAUUUACAAACAGCAAGAAGCGAUCUUCCCAUUGUCAAUCAUGCACUAUGCUGUUCCUCUCCUUUUCAACCCUCAAAACGCCGAAUCACGGAAUAUUGUUUAUACCCCAUACACAGAUUCAUAAGAAUCCAAGAAGAAUCUAUUGAUUUUGGCCUCAACCAUACCCGAGUCCGAAACCCAAUCAUUCCUCUCUUUAAUGUUCUGCUUCUUGUCUGUUCUUCAAAAGUUGCGGGCUUUCUCUGUUUCUAAUGUCACCCAUCGUCUUUUUUUCAGAUCUUUUGUCACCUUAUCUAGUUUCUGAUGCGCAAACCGAAGGUAAAGACCAUGUUCUGCUUCAGAAGAACGAUGAUCAUGCUCUGUUUCCUCUUCAUCGUGACGACAGCUCUUUCAGAAAGUCCUGACGAAAGAAGCUGCAUCCUGAAUUUCCCAUUUCCAUCAUCGCCGAACUUUCAACUGACCUGCGGUCAUGGAAACUGGGGCGGAUUCCUCAACAACUGCUGCGGAUCGGCGUUUCCAGGGUACUUAUACGCCCUUGGGAAGCGCGCAAACCGGACAGAUGGGUCUUCCGUAUUCCUGAACUCCAGCCAGCAGACCAGUUGCUUGUCUGAAUUGUCGCGUCACGAGUUGGAUUCAUUAAGCUGCGGGAUCGAGAAGCUGACAGCUGGCGGUGGAGGGUGCUCCGACUACUCGGUGGCGGAUGUGGAGGCGAAUCUGGGAUCGGAGCUAAGGAAUCUAGAACAGGGUUGUUGGUUACGGGAAGGUGGUUCUUCUUCAUGUGGUUCUUGUGUGAGGAUUUGGCGGGGAAUAGGCGGCGGGAGUGGGAGUGAUGUGUGCCGUUUUGCGGUGCUUGUUUCUAUGACUAGCCGCCGGAUUGAUGAUGAAAUUGGUGUGGAGAAGGUUUAUAGUUGCCUGGAACAGCAACGGAAUGAGGAUUUCUCUGGAAAUGAUGGGUCAGCUUCAGGAGCAGGGGAGAGCAAGAGAAAAAGUAGAAAAGAUUUUUGGAUCCUUACUGGAGUUGUCACCGUAGUUAUGGCCUCCCUAAUCAUUGCGAUAAGCAUGUUUACAAUACGAUUCAUUCUGUCAAGGAAACGGGGAACCAACGCAAAUUUGAUCACCAGAAAAAGUGGUUUUCAGGAGAUGAAACUAGAUGAUUACCCGUGUCCGAAGUUCACAAUCAAGGAGAUCUACAACGCUACCAGCGACCUGAGCAUAACCAAUCUCACCGGAGAAGGAGCUGCAGGAAAAGUUUACAAAGGCAUACUACCGAAUACUGGCCAGAAGGUAGCAAUCAAACACAUCAUCAACGAUGGAAAUGCAGAAACCGUGGUGAGGGAAGUCACCAGCUUGUGUCAUGUCAGACAUCCUAAUCUGGUGGCCCUUCUUGGAUGCUGUGUUGGAGACGAUGAGUGUUUCCUCAUCUAUGAGUUCUGCCCCAACGGCAAUCUCUACCAGUGGAUCUUCGGGAAGGAAAAGUGCUUAUCUUGGACCAGAAGGCUCGAGAUUGCAAUCGAUAGUGCACGAGGUCUCUGGUUCCUCCACACAUACUCUGAAGGGCGUAUUGUUCAUCGCGACAUCAAGCCUACGAACAUUCUUCUAGGUCCUCAUUUUGAAGCAAAGCUCUCGGACUUUGGACUGUCGAAGGUUAUGGAAGAUGGGGAUAUUCAAGUAAGCUCUGAAGUGAGAGGGACGUUUGGUUACGUCGAUCCUGAAUACCUGAACAACCGUCAGGUUGAUUCGUCUGGAGAUGUCUACAGCUUUGGAGUUGUGCUGUUGCAGAUCAUCUCGGGAAAGAAGGUCAUCAAUAUGAAUAUGAAAGAGCCACUUCCCCUGCAUAAAAUGGCAAAAGCUUUCACCAAAGCAGAAAGCAUGCUGGAGUUUGCAGACCCUAAGAUGACGGGAGACUACCCUUCUGAAGCUUUCAAGCUUGUAUUUGAGCUGGCAUUGUCGUGCACAGGUAUCAAGCAAGAUAGACCAAACAUGGAGAAAGUUUUAAUCAAAUUAGAACAGGCCCUUGCCUUAUCAACAAAGCAGCAGAAUCCUAUUCCUUCAACCUCACCAGAUCAGAUCUCGGUAUCAGAAAGAUUCGAACAGUCAGAUCUUGAUACAUGACAAAACAAACUCAGGUCAGUCAGGUGAAUGCUCCCAAUGCAGGUAUUCUUCAUUGUAAUGAGCAGAUAGAGAUUCUUGUUCAUAACAUCUAAUGUAAAAAAAAAAAAAGAUACUCAAAUUGAGGUAAGGUUUAAUAACAAUGCUGGGAUUCUACCCAAAAAAAAACAGUGCUGGAUUCUGCAGAGCAUCUACAACAAUCUCAGAUUUCAGUUACCUUUGAAUUCAAUACUUAACUCCAACGGAGUUAAAUGUCUCAUAAUUUCUAACAAUCACUUAACAUCGCGUGUCAAUACAAUAUGUUUAUAUCACAAGCUAUAGCAAUGUGAAGUUCGUGUUUUGCAAUAUCGUAUUCCUAUCAGUAAACUAGUAUACAUUCA